AUGACGGCGAAUGCGUCGGAAAUCCCGGGCCAGGAAGGAGCCCUAUCUUCCUUGACGAUCGAGGUCGAGGAGGAUAUCGAGCAGGAAAUCGAGAGUUUUGUGCGGUUCAAGCGACGGGGAGAAUAUGAGAAAGCCGAAGAAAUAUUUAAGGAAACGCUCUCGGGACAUCUCUCCUUGUUUCCGGUCAUUGCCGAGUACGCCGAUUUGCUUUUGGUGCAAGAAAAAUAUCGCAUCCUAUCAGAGUUUUUGGACAUUCAAAUCCAGUAUAUGGAGCCGGUGCUGGGAGAAAACGAGAUAGAGCUGCUGCGCAUCCUGAGAUCUCUGGUCCAUAUUCAUACUCGGGGAUCUUUACGGUCGGCUUUGAUACAAGCCAAUCGUACCUGGAAUUUCCUGCAUAGUCGGAGUACAAAGCUCCCUCUUGGUGCACUUCCAGGCGAUGUCGAGAUUCAUAUCUUUGCGAUAUACAUCAACAUUAUUGUCUUCGCUCUAAACACUUCCAACUGGGUAGGGCCAGAGGAGAUGAAAUGCCCGUGGGCGCUGGAUAAACAUUCAGACCACUGUGGCUUCGUGCAGUGGUAUUUGGUGUUGUCAUGCAAUGGCCAUCUUUGGAGUGCUUCUCAAGUACUUGUUGUUCUCCUACAAGCUCUACCAUUACUCAGAGCGGAGGACGUCGUGGUCUUGUUCGGCAAGGAAUGCUUUGGAGAAAUACCAAGCGAGGAGUCUCUCCGAAAAUUGAGUGAGAUUGACCAAUUGACCGCAGGUGUCGUGUCUUUCAGCCGGGCCCAGGCCCUCCUCAAUCUGGUAUUGACGCUUUUUCGGGGUUCUCCCGAUGAUUUCAAGUGGAGAGAGGUCUACAAGGUCGCACUCCGCUAUAGACAUGUCGCGGACUUCUUGGCCACGAUCAUAACUCGUCACGACGAAGCCAUGCUUCUUGAGUUCAAAUCUUACAUUCAAAGCUACGAGUUUCAGCGAGUACACAAAGCUCUCAUAGAACCGAUGCUUUCUGCGACCUCUCUUAGUACCGACCUCGGCUCCCUGAAAUCCCCACCUAAUUUGUUUCAGCAAGAUCCUCGAUGCUACAUUCUUUGCUAUUCCCAACGUCUCAUCGAAGACUUCCCAGAGUUCCGUCGGCGUGAAAUAUCGAUUAAUUUUGCAUCACCAGCCAAGCUGCAGCUGCAUGAUCAAGGCAACUCGAUAGGCUUUAUUCGGACAUGGGACCUAUGCUGUACUCUCAUGGGCAAUGUCAUACGGGGUGAAGAUGCUCAGUUUGAGAAGGCUUCCUUGUCAUCAGAACUCGAUUCUUUCCUGCCGGUUGCUCGGUCAACAGAUACGACCAUCAUGAUAGAACAGUUGACGACAAAGUUGGCGAUUCAGCUUUGGAAGGAGAUACAGCAUAUCAUACCAGAGGAAAUCUCGGAGCUCAAGCUUGGGCAUUCCGUGGAACAACGUCUUUCCUUCAGUAGAGACAGCUCUGAAAGCUUUAAUAUUCCAUUAUAUUUGUGGGCAAUGCACAAAGACCUGGAGAUCUUAAAUGUGAGACUCCGGCAAAAAGGGACGAAACUCCCCGGGUUGAGUGAGUCUUACGUUGCAGGCAUACGAGACUUUUUACCAAAGUCUGUCUCCAGAGAGUGUCUCAGUCAUAUUGCGACCUUGGUCCUGGAAACGAGCCAAGAACAAAGCUGGGCAGAGAGGAGAGCCGAUAAGUGGCAAAAGAUGGCGAUUUUUCAACCUAAGGAAUCCGACCUUGGUCCCAUUCCUACUCCAAGCAGCCCAAACCCCAGUUUGAAAGAGCCGGCUGAGGUAGACAGGAAGUCAUUCCUUCAGCGAGAUGAUGUCAAGGAGUCAAGUGCAUCCAAAGAAAAGUUUGUCAAGCUAUCCGAGGAACUUCCAGAGGGCGCCUUCCCAGCACUGGAGACUCUCGUCGAAUCACCGCUCACGGGCAAAGAUCCUAUCGAAGAUCAGACUAAGCAGAAACUAAAAAAGAUCACCAUGUCGCAGCUCUGGGUUGAUUGUGCCAAAGCAGUCCCACUUGCCGCACUGCCGCUGCAAGACAUCCAAGGGAUUGCUGGACGUUUCCAGGCUUUCUACCGGAAUUUUAGGUGCUUUCACAGUAUUUUGCAAUAUCAGCACGCGGCCUUCGAGUUAUACCAUGAAUUCCAGCAAACCUGGGAUGAAUGUAAUGACUUUAUUUAUCACCGUCUAGAAUGGUGUCCCCAAGACAUAACGCCGCAGACAAACUUGCUCCAUGAAACUGCCUGCUAUAUCUAUAACCCCUCCGACCUAGACCUCCUCGAGAGGCGCCUUGAUUUGCAGCUGCAUGUCAUGAAUGCAAAACUAGAUGAUAUUAUACUGUAA